CAGAGUUUUUGCACACUGUGCCAUUGUUCAUGAAGACCUGCAGAGGACAAGGUGUGGAGAAUUUGAGCUUCUUCAGCAGGGAGUGUAUCAGGAACCUCAGAGAUGUCAUCAGAGAAGAGCGUGCCUCGAGAGGCUGAACUCCAGGUAGAAAUGAAGAAAACGCAGGUCAGCCAAAUCGUUCACUUUACUGAGAACACCAGACUAGUAUCCAGCUCAGAGAGAACUCUGGACGCUACACCCAUCGUCCCAAACCCUCAAGACCAGGACAAACCUCAGGGUCCAGCAGACACGUCAUCUGUCAUCUCCACUCCUCUGGACUCUACAGUUCCUGAGGAUCCAACAAACAGUCCAUCCACUGCCCCCGCAUCUGUGUCCCCUCCUGGAGAGAUAAAGAUAGACUCAGUAGAUAUUGACUCUGUCUGUCUGAGCUGGGGAAGACCUGGCAAUAUGGAUGGGAUCCCACACAGCUUUUACAUUAUCUACGCUAGCUCUGAUGAGAGUGACCAAGAUAUGACCACUACUGCACCCUCUAAUUUUACUGUCAUCUCUGAGCUGAGACCUGGGAGAGAGUACAGCUUCACAGUCACCACAGAGCUGGAGAAUGGGAUCCAGAGCACUCCUGUUUCAGCAGCUGUCUGCACAAAACCAUCUCCUCCUGGACAGAUAAAGAUAGAGUCAGUAGGAAGUGACUCUGUCUCUCUGAGCUGGGCCACUCCUCUUGGUAUAGAUGGGAUCCCACACAGCUUUAAAAUAACUUUCUGCCGCUCUGAUGAGAGUGACCAAGACACGACCACUGCAGUCUCCAAUUCCACUGUCAUCUCUAAGCUGAGACCUGGGAGAGAGUAUAGCUUCACAGUCACCACAGUGCUGGAGAAUGGGACCCAGAGCACACCUGUUUCAACAUCUGCCUGUACAAAAACACAACUAGAAGAUGUGCUGUGCAAGCUGGGGCUGAAGAACUGCUUCCCAAGAGAACCACAACGCCCCCCACCUUGUGCUAUUGGAGUGGCAGUAUUUUUGGCUACAGUCGCCAUCAUUGUGAAACUUCAGACUGGAGACAAUCAAAGAGAAUCAGAAAGCAUCUUUCUUCACGCUACCUUUGUUAUCGGAGUGGCCUUGGCUAUAGCCGCCAUCAUUGUGCAGAAACCACUUAACCUUCAGAAUGAAACUCUACAGAAAGGUCUGUGUAAUCUAGAUCUGGAACAGAACUUCAAAAACAAACUUGCCUUAAGUGAUGUGGUUCACAUUGGUACAGGAAGUAUAACAGAUGAACCAAUUCUGUCAGCAGAAUCUCUACCACAUUCCUUUCUGAAAACCCUCAUGAUGGUCAAUGUAAAAGCAAGAAGUAUCAGAUGCAGUGCUGCCAAGUCAGAAACCGACACGACAUUGACAGAUUUUGAUAUCAGUGAUAUUAUGGCUGAUAAUGUUAAUGAUGAUGAUAAUGUAAUCAAUCCACUGGAUCUUAUCACAGCUCUCUUUCUGUGCGCCGACAACUUCCUGCAGCAGGAAAUGAUGUCAAAAAUGUCGAUGUGCCAGUUUGCUGUACCUCUCUUGCUCCCCGACUGCAGCACCAGCCAGUGUACAUUAAUGCUGUGGGCCAUGCGAGACAUUGUGAAGAAGUUUAGACCCCGUUCAUUAGCCGACUCGAAAGGGUUUGUAGAAGACAGUAUAGUCAGCACUGCCAUGCCAAUGAUCUCUUUUGUCAGGCUGGGUGACUGCAGUUUAUCAAAGUCUCAGAUUCUGAAUCAGGUUCUCAGCAACCCCCAGCAGUACCAUGAUGUCUUUAUCCAUCGUAAUAUGGAAUGUGCAAAUGUCCCACGCAAAAUUUCAAACGGUCUAGUGGAAAUAGGUUGGUACCUUCCUUGUGGAAAGAAAAACUUGGACAUCUUUCCAGAACCUGUAGCUGUUGCCAACCUUCGUGGAGAUCUCCUUUCCUUUCAGAAACAGUUUUCCAUUUUAUGUCAAACAUCCUCGGCAGUCUUCAUAUUUUUAGACAGUAUUGCAGAGAGCGAGUGCAAUCUCUUGUCCUCUGCAGGAAAUAUUAAAGCCCAAUUGUUUUUGGUUGGUUUGGUUCUAAAUAAAACAAAGAAAAACAUAAAAUCUCUGAAAGACUUGGCUUCAAAAUUAAAAUUAAAUGAAAGUCAGAUCCUAUUUAAGAAACAGCAGACCAAUGAUGCAGAGUUUGUGUCAAAACUACGCUUAACUAUGAAUAAAAUCAUGGAAAACUGUCAGCACAAAAUGACCAUUGAAGGCAUGUCUGCUGAAGCACAUGAAUUGGGGAUCUCUGUAGAUGAAGACUGCACUGAAUGUCAGAAUGCUAAGAGAAAUGCUGCAGAAAUCACAUCUAGAAUCACAGAUGUGGUGCGAUAUAAAGAGGAUCAGUUGCCAUUGCAAGGGAAGCUUUGGAAGGAGCUGACUAAAAUAGAAAAGGAGCAGUGCAGACUACGGAAGGCAGGAGACCAGCCUAUUGAAAAGUAUAAGAAUAAACUGCAAGAAGAAAUACAGAAACUGAGACAACAACAAAUGAGUUAUGAUUUGUCUGAAGCAAUGCAGUGUUUUAUCUCUGCCAUAUUCACUGAAAGCAAACAAGAACGAUCCUAUUUUCUAAAGUGGAUGAGAAUGAACUUGGAUGUUAAGGCACGAAAAAAGCUUUCUGGUCUUCGUGAAGAAUACAAAGAAAAGAAUUGCAAGUUGUCAGAGAACAAAGACAUAAUUGCAGCCCUGGAUAGACAAAUAUCAAACAGCUCUUUAGGAAUUGAGCAUUUCAUGCGUGAAAUGGGGCAGCUUUAUGAAGCUGCAUGCUACCAUACUGACUAUAAGAAAUAUUGUAAGCAGUUUGAACAUCUUCCUAGUUUGGGGGCAGAUCUGUUGUUGGAUGGCUUCCCCCUUGAGCUGGUGGAUGGAGAUGCAUCAAAUAUCCCUGUAAGGUGGGUGACCAGUGUUCUAACAAAGCUCCAUGAGAAAGUCCAACAUAAGAGCAGGGUGCUGGUUGUAACAGUGCUGGGAGUCCAAAGCACUGGGAAGUCUACCCUCCUCAACACAAUGUUUGGGGUUCAGUUUGCAGUUAGCAGUGGUAGAUGCACGAGAGGAGCCUUCAUGCUGUUAAUCAGAGUCAAAGAGGAUCUUAAAGAAGAGCUAAACUGUGAUUUCAUCUUGGUAAUCGACACUGAAGGUCUCAAAUCUCCAGAGUUGACACAACUAGAAGACAGCUAUGAACAUGACAAUGAGCUUGCAACACUGGUCGUUGGAUUGAGUGAUGUCACCAUAAUAAACAUCGCAAUGGAGAACUCCACAGAGAUGAAGGAUAUCCUACAGAUCGUGGUGCACGCCUUUCUUAGAAUGAAGGAAGUGGGGAAGAAACCAAACUGUCACUUUGUGCACCAGAAUGUGGGGGACGUGUCUGCUCAUGACAAAAACAUGCGGGACAGGAAAAUGCUUUUAGAACAGCUGAAUGAGAUGACACAGGCAGCUUCCAGAAUGGAGAAGAAGGGACCCAACAGAAAAUUCACUGAUAUAAUGGAGUAUGAUGCAGAGAACAAUAACUGGUAUAUCCCAGGCCUGUGGCAUGGUAGCCCUCCAAUGGCACCAGUGAACACCGGCUACAGCGAGACUGUGUAUGAGUUCAAGAAGAGAUUGAUUGAGGUUUUGAAAAACUGCAACAAGCAAAAACCUCCUGCACCAGUUACAGAGUUCCUGGAGUGGGUGGGGAGUUUGUGGAAAGUUGUUAAAUAUGAGAAUUUCAUCUUCAGCUUCAGAAAUAGUCUAGUGGCUGAGGCUUACAGUAAUCUCUGUGUUGAGUUUAAUAACUGGGAAUGGGACUUCCGGAAGGACAUGUAUACCUGGCUAGCAAAUGCUGAGACAAGGAUUUCUAACCUUUGCAGCUCAAACUACGACGACUUUAUGGGCAGUUUAACAGCUGAGGCAUCUUCCGAAUUGGCAAAGCAAGAAAACAAAAUUCAGGAGAAACUGGCUAAUUAUUACAAGAAAAAGAAUGGAAAUGUUCAUCUAGUGGAAAAGCACAGAGAAAGCUUUGUGAACAGCAUUAAAAGUCUUAGGAGAGAAAUUGAAAACUCUGUGAAAAACAAAUGCGAGACCGACAUUGCUAUACACAAAGAGAAGAAAAAAAUUAACACUAUUCGUGAAAAAUAUAGAGCCACAAUUGAACAGAAAGUACUGUGCCUACUUGAUGAGUGCAAGAAAAGAAAAAGCCCUUUAUCUGAAGAGCAGCUGGAGAAAGAAUUUGAAACAAUGUGGAAUCAGACAGUUUCUGGACUGAAGUUUCAAGGUUUAAAGACACUAGAUAUUGUAUCAGACAUACUGAAUAAAUUGAGGAUAAAUUUAGAAAGGCACGGCAGUCAAGUUCAGAAGAAAUUAAGUGAGGUGAAACAGUUGACCGAUUGUGAACAAACACUCUUUCUUGCAACUGAGAAGCACUUUCACAGCCAGAAAGUAAACAAGAAGCCAGGUCUUUGGUCUAUGUGGUCUAAGAACUGGUUGAAGAUGUUGUCAGGGAAACCUGAAAGAAAAGAACUGGAAAACAAAGCAACUGAGAUGGCAAAUGAAAUAAUACAAAUAUGUCAGCAGUUUGUAUCGCAGCAAACAUCAGGUAAAGCAGAUUAUCAUGAUAACUACAUAAGAGAGUUACUGCAAAUAAUAGACAAAGAGCUGGAAAAUGUAGAGACUCUGAAGACCAACAGCCAAUUUGAACUUGAUCUAAAGCUCCACAUUUGUGGCUACGCCUUUCCCCCGCGCCGAUCCGCUGCCCGGGCCUUUCCGACGAUCCUGCGGCCUUCCCUGCCACCCACCCCUGCCCCCCCCCGCCCGCUCUCGGCCCUCCCCUGUCGCCCACCCGGGGUCACCUACUUGACUUCGUUACCCCACGUGUUGACCAGCCCCCUCUGCGGUGUUAUGUCGUCUAUUGUCUCUGAGCCUCCUGGUAGACUUCCCUCGCUGGACUUUUACGUUGUCCUUGCACCUCACCCAACCUACGUUGUUCAGAGCCCUACAACCACUCUUUUAUUUGUUGCCACAGGCCUUGCACUGGCAUAA